GCACACGUAAAUUCGUCGACGUGCACGGUGCUGCCGCUCGCAAAAUCAGUGCGAUCCAAGUGCACCGCGAGGCAGGAACACGGGUCUCCCGUGCGCGGCCUAUCGUUCCCGCUUGCGGCACGCGCGCCUCUUCUACAGAGAAGUAUCAGUCAGAUAGCGGGAGACGCUCGCGUAAAUAGGUCGUUGGAUACUGCGUUGGACGAAGAAUAAAUAGCCAAGAGAAAUAACUCCGAGAGGAGGGUAGAAAUUAAAUUUAUGAUCGAGAGAGUGGCAAUGAAAAGCGUAAAAAGUCGAAUAUAAGCUCGAUACAAAGGUGAUAAAUGAUAUUUUAACUGGUUGAAGUGAUUCACGUAGAUUUUGCCCAAGCAAUUGAAUAAACAUCGUGGGAAAAAAAGGAGAAUGAUCGAAGAAUAAAAAAACGAUCAGUGCGUUAAACAUUGGAGUUUUUGCAUUGGAGAUUAGGUGUGUUGAGUGUGUAUUUUUAAUAAAUCAUCAUGAUUCGAGUGAUGCUGAUAAAACAAAUAGGAUACAUCUAUUUGUUUGAAUGAAUUUUCAAUCAUAUCAUCGAUUAUACAAAACUGUUUAAAAAAAAGAAGAAGAAAAGCUUCUGUAAAAACUUACCUACAAACAACACAGAGGCAAAAUUAAAACACUCGUGAAUAAAGAAAUAAAAAAUCAAAUUUGUAGACACGAUUGAAAACACGCGAUUCUUCUUUGCCAAACAGAUGAAAAUAAUUUCCCAAUAAACUGAAAUAAACUACUGAUAUCGAUUGUGGUCAGAAAAACGUGAAUUCGAGAUGCGUGACGCUCGAACAAAUUAGAAGAAAAAAAAAAAAGAAAAAAAAAAACGGGAGUGCGGGAGGUGUUGAAAGAAGAGAAAAAGCUUCGAGCAUCGAUCUUGCGCCCGAUGCAGUUACUAUGACGCGGGUUGUCCAAUACGUUCAAUUGUAUCCGCUUUGGAAUCGACAGGUCGCAUGGCCCUCGAGCCAAGAUCGCCGGGUCUAUAGUUAGUAAGCCUCUGCCAGCCUUUGCGAAUUGGAUCAACGGCUACGCGGGGUAAACGAUGACGACGAGGAGGACGAGGACAACGUCGGCGGGGACAAUAAUGACGCCACGCGCGACGGGACUAAAAACACUGGGUCUUCCCGACGGAAUGCAGGAGGCCGAUCGAACGCCUCCCGAUGUACCCUUCUCUUACGUGGUCUUCCCACGUAAAUUGCCGGCAUAUAUGAUAAAACAAUAGAGAGGAGAAAAAAGGAGAAGAGGAAAAUUUGAGAAAGAAGCAAAAAGAAGAAAAAGUAAAAAGGGGCCAAUUUUUGCGAUUCUUCCAAAUAAUAAAAAAAAGAGAGAGAAAGAGAGAAAGAGAGAAAGACAGUCGAUCUCGAAAGAUUUGAAACGAUUCGUAGAUAAAGUAAAUUUGCCUCUGGUUAUGUGUUCAAGGCUCGCUUGAUAGGAUUUAACGCGCAAACGUGGCUGAUAAGCUUCGGGAAGUAAAGAAGUCAUUCUUUGCGGCGCGAUAAGGACCGCCCUUGGUCGCAAAGAUGGACUGUUGCAACUACGUCGAGGCUUACGCGGCAGGGAGCCACUUUUAUCAACAACAACAUUACUUUUGCUAUGAUAACAUGAACACCGAUUACGGUGGUUAUGAACCGCCACCGAUCUCCAAUGCAAUCGAAACGAGCGCGCGAUACAACGGGACUGUAACGCCUGCGUAUCCUAUAGAUUACGUGUACAAUCCGAAAGAAGCGAGACUGCGAAAAGCGAUGCGCGAGCAGAGCCGCGAAUUAUCCAGACGAUCGAUCUUGCAGAGCGCGAUCGCACGUGCGAGCGUGAUCGCUGGUCCAGUCACUUCCGGCGGCUUCCUGGAUCACCAGCAUCGUUUCGGCUGCGUUUCCUCGGCCAACAUACCGAUGAAUUCGUCCAUGGAGCCGGUUCGAGUCGCGGAACCGUGGUUUCAAUCGACGCCUCGUCCAAAACCGAUCCAUUCACCCCGAAUGACCGAUUGGUACGGGAACGUGGCCGAUCCUAUCGAAAGACUGCAAGUAAUGGGCGCGAUGCAUCAACGUGGCCUCGAUAAAUGCAAAGACGUGAUGAGAAAUCAGGCUGUGGCCAGCGUGGCCAAUACCGUGUCUGCUGAAUGCGAUGCUACGUUUUCGAAUAACGGAUAUCCGGUCGAUUUCAGCGAUGUUAAUAGGGAAAGGGAGUUGCGUCGUCAGGAGAAUAUGGAGUACAAUGAAUUCACUGAUGGUCAGAAAUGGCAUCCUUAUCAGAAUGGCGGGAGUGCUCAUCAACAUCCUAGAACGUCUCAUCCUCCCCAAAUGAGCAACAUUCUUCACCCGAACAUUCAGAAUCCUGGUCCACAUGGGCAUGGGCCAUGGGGUCAAUUUUGCCAUAACGUGUUACCGCAUGCUUCGUCUAUGCCUCGAAAUAUUGGAGUUCGAGGUCCGCGUCACACUGUGUUAUUACGGGAUCGUGUACCCGUUAGACACUGUGAAUUCCCUGAAGAAACAGUGCGAAUGAUGUACAAUCCAAGCAAACUCGAUAUUGAGAAUAUGCCAAGAAUGCUAGAAACUUCAGUAAAUUCUGUUAUGGAUUCUGCGUCCACAAUGAGGAUUCGUCGCGAAGAUGAUGGGCCCAGAUGGGAGCCGAACGCUAUGAAUAAUAGAAUGUCUAUGGAUAACUUAGCUGCAACAACGGAAUCUAGCAUAUCAUGCGAGAAGGAACGUGAAUCCCGGCGAUCUGUCGAAAGAUUCGAGCCGAAGAAGAAAACUGUCAGUAAGCAACCGUUGCCUGGUUUUCACCAAGCAUUCGGUUCUACAGAGAUCGGCAGGUUCUCCAGAUCUGAGUUUUUCGUGAAUAUGGUGGGCGAGAGUGGCGCAAGCGUGGAAGUCGCCGACACGGAAAGUACUAAUGUAAGUACGGAUCGUAUGUCAGAGAUAAAUGGGGUUGCAGUUACAACUGCGACGCACGAUACAUCCGUGGUCACCACGACCGCAACGACGACCGUCAGGUCAUUCGAUGGCGACGAUAGCGAGGAAGCGAGCUUCGAAGACUCGAGUAACGACCUCGUCGCUUCUACGUCAAUGGGCAUGUAUUGUGACCAGCCAAAUAUUCCUCGAUGGCAUAGUCCUCACGUAGGCGCUAUAGGUAGCGAAAUUUAAACGAAUUUUUAAAUUCUUUCGUGGGCUAAGAGUUUUGAAAAUCUUACAGAGAAUUCUCAGUCGGUUAUUUUCAAAAGUGUGAACACUGAAAUUUUCUCAUAAUCAUUAUUCUGAACUGUUGUAUCCAAAGGAAGGAUAAAAAAUUUGUAUGAUUAAAUUAUAAAUGAAGUUGUACUUAACGUGAAAAUUUUUUGACGAAUAUUAUUUGUAUCUUAUUAAAUAAUUAGCCCCCGAGAGAAAUUAACGAUUCAUCAAGUGGACGUGAAUUACGUCCAAUUGUUUGUAGAAUUAUAAAUUAUUUUCUUCGACGUUCAAACGAUCUGAUAAUAUUUUGUAUAUGGAGGAAGAAUCAUUUGUUGUUUGUAAUUAAUAAAUUUCAGCGAACUUAUUUAAAUCAAUUUCUUAAAUAAUUAUAAUUUCUUUUAUUUGUACAAAUAUUUUUUUAGAACAAAUAUUUUUGAAUUCGUCGAAGACUAUAAAUGACGUACGAAAACAUCCCGACAAACCACAUGUUUUACUUACAUGUUUGUCGAGAUUGUGCCUUUAAGAGAACUGUGAAACUAUUAACACAUUCUCUACCCCAUUUACUAUUUUCGAUGUACAUUGAAACUUAUUUUCAGGCCAAGUGAUAUUUUUGUCAUCGAUAGAUAAAUAAAAUAUAAAAAGAAAAUUCUUAAAUUAAUUUUCAUUACACGUAUUUCCUAGUUGAAUGUUUUAUUAACAUAAAAAAAAAACAGAGACAAGAAGGAGAUUAAUCACAUAUGGCCUGAAAAAAAUAUAUUUAUUCAAAAAUGAACUGGCGGAGAACGUGUUAAAGGUUUUUCAAAGUUCUUAAUCGAAUCAAAAAACAAAAAAAAAAUCAAAAGCAGCACGAUAUUUGCGGGUCUCGUACGUCAACUAUAUUAAGCUGAGCAACUUUCAUUGAUAUAUUAAUAUUGAAAAUAUUUUGUAGAUAAAAUAUUUUAUAUGAUUUGAUAAAAAAAAACAAUUUAAUAUAAACUUUUUUCCUUCAAAAAUUUCAGUUGUCAGAAUAUUGUUUAAGAUAUCUUUUUAUUAUAAAAGAUAUUAUGAAAUAUUAAUAUAAUUUGUAGGUUGCUUACACUUAAUAAUAAAGAAAUAUAAUCAAAAUGUGUCGAUAAAAGUACUUAAUCGGCAUCUUCCAUCAAGUUGUUAGAUAUCGCCGACGAUACACUUAAGAUUAGUGUAUAUCGACGAUGAAUUAUAUGAAUACAUUAAAUAUAUAUAUAUAUAUAUUUAAAGAAUAUAUUGUACUUAUAUGUAUAAUGAAGGAACGAAAACGCGCGAUGAAGAAGUAUAUGAAUUAUUUAGUAGAAUAAUUAGGCGACACGUAUUGCCGCGCGGAGAAACGUAUAAAUAAAAGUGAUCAUUGCGAACGUAGGAAGUCGAGAAGCCGACGAAUACUUCUGUUCGUGAAAAAUAUGUUUCUCUUAAGGGUGUGUACGGUAGUUUUGCAUUCAGAACUCUUUUAUUUCUCGCAUCGAUUGCGAAAGAAUUAAAUAUUGAACAAAAAGAAAAAAAAAAGAAAAGGAGGAAGAAGAAAAGAAAAUAUCGCCACUUAG